CUCGCACACCAGUUUCCUCCGGAGCGGCGUCGGUUGCAUCUCCUGGCGGAGCUGUCGGAUAUUUGACCCCACGUUUGAGGCGCUUCCGGCCGUUCCUCAUCGGAUCCGACGGGCUGGUCGCCGAAGGAUGCCGGGCGCGAGGCUGGCCGACCUCAACUCGGUCAUCACGUGCAUGCUGUGCAACGGCUACCUGGUGGAUGCCACCACGCUCAUUGAGUGCCUCCACUCGUUCUGCAAAGUGUGCAUCGUUCAGUUCCUGAACACCAGCCUGCUAUGCCCCAUCUGCGACGUUCCCGUGCAUCAGACGAAGCCGCAUCAGUCUAUUCGGCUUGACAGAACCCUCCAGAAUAUUGUGUACAAGGUUGUUCCUGGACUUUACCAAAAGGAGAUGAAGAAAAGACGCGACUACUACGAGAAGCACCCGGAACACGUCGCCGGCGUGUCGUGUCCCGAAGAUCGAGGAAUCGUGGACGACUCCAGCCGGCUCAUCUUCAGCCCCGACGACACCAUCAGCCUCUCGCUGGAGUACUGCGGCCCUUUAGGCAAGAAAGAGGAAACUCCUAGUGGCGAGAAGAACGAAGGGAAGCCUACAAACCCUGGAAAAGAAACGGAAGGAGGGGUUCCGAGGCGCUUCCUCAACUGCCCGGCGGCCUUCACCAUCAACCAUCUGCAGAAGUUCAUCCGCAUGAAGUACAGCGUGGCACCGCAGUACCAGGUUGACAUUAUUUACAUGGACGAGGUGCUUUCUCAAGAGUUCGCCUUGAUGGACGUUGCAUAUAUCUACGCUUGGAAAAGGGAUUCACCCAUGCGCCUCUUUUUUCGGAUAUGCAAAAUGCCUCCAAAGCCUUCUGCUGUCAAAGGACCCCCCAUCACUGCGUGCAGCGAGAUUAAACAGAUGGUUGAGAAUGGAACCAACAGCAGCACAGAGACAGAAGUAGCAAAAGAACCAGCUGAAAAUAAACCCGCAGAUGAGAGUCGAACUGCCAUGCCACCCCCUCGUGCCCCAGAACAAGAAAACAAGCCAGCUGCAAAAACACCUCCGGCACCUGCGGGUGCGGUUCUCAAAAGUGUACCUCAGCCAGAAGAACCUAGGGAACCUGCUGUUACUGCUGCUCCUGCCACUGAGCCUUCCAUCGCAACUAUUGCACCUGCUGCCGAGCAUCACGCACCGGAAACACCGGAAAUGAAAACUGCUGCAGAGGAGGAAUCCACAGCUCCAGGGAGUCCAAAGGCCAUUGCUCUGGUGCAGUCUACAUCCCCGCAGAGACAGAAGGCUUCGGAGCCACCAGCAGAGGCCCAGUCGCCACCGCCACUGCCCAAGAUCACCAUAAGCGGGCUGGACAAAAAUAGUCACAAGAUCUUGAUACACACCAAGGAGGUGUCGCACACUUUGGGUCCAGCCCUCUCGCCACCCCAGAAUGGACAAGACCGCUCUUCGCCUCCUUACGGGAAGAAGUCGAAACGUAAAGAGCAGCAUGACAUUGAGAGGCACCACCAGUCUAAGCGUAAGUCGCCUGAAAAAGUGGACAAACGGUCCCAGUGGUGCCAGUCUCCACAGGAGGAUGGCAUCUCCAAUAAAAAGCUCAAGCUGGAUGGCUGCGACGAUGCCGUGGAGGUGGACAGAAAGUCUAUCAGCUCUCCCCUACAGAAGUCAGAGGGCAGCGUAUCUAUCUCGGAAGCAGCCAGGCGGAACAUGCCAAAGGCUAUGCCCAUCCUGUUGAAGCCUGCACCACCACCGCCUCCGCCUGCCCACCCCAGGACCCCACCUUACACCCCGAUUCCACCAAGUCUGCCACGCAGCGAGAAAGACACACAACCACUCGAUCUGUCGGUGACUCACCGUGGCACUGUUGUGGGUGUAUCCCAAGACCCACCUCGUCGUCCGAGGGGCAGGCCUUCCGUUCCACUGCCCUCAGUCAUGCCUUUGCCAUUGGUGACCAAGCGGCCUUCCCUGCCACAGACAACAACAGUAACCACGACAUCAUAUAGCCCUCCUACCUCUGUGCCUACCUUCCACAAGAUGCCAGCUGUGCCGCCAACUUCGUCGCAUCAUCACCAUCACCACCAUCAUCGCGGCAACAGCAAGAGCUUUCGAAAGAAUGCCAAUUUGACUUGCAUCACCCCAGAUCCUAAUGCGGGUCAUACCAAAAUAGUCAUCAGGAAUAUGCCUCCACUCAACACUAACAACAACAACCUCCACAGGGUGUGAGCUUGUUGGCAGUGCCCGGUAGCCAGCCUUUGCUCUGGUAGACAGAAAGUUCUGUGCGGCAUAUUCUAGUCUUUAGCAACAGACGUGAAGGUUCCAGUGAAGGCAGCAUACCGUCUGGAUUAGGUGUGCUUGCCUGUGUGAAAGUGUUGUGCACGUGCUUUCAGCAAGGUUUGUCCAUUGGAUUACUGGAUUACUUGAUCUACUCUGCAGGAAUGUGCUCAUUUGGAUACAAUGGUUCUUCACCCUUGGAUAAAGACACUCCUACUCCAUGAUUUGGAUAAUGAAACCUUGUGUAUCUGUGUGAAUGCUAGUUUUGGCCUGUGUGACAUGUGGAUGGGAAACCCUA